CUGUUCGCAGUAUUCGAUACACGUAUUAAAAUCUAUUACAAUGAAGUUAACUAUAAUAUUUUUAAUCAUUUGUACGUCGCUUUAUUAUGUUUGUGGAUCGAAUUUUGUUGUGGGAAAUGUUGCAAACAGAGUGUCUGUUGCUAGCCACGAAUUAGUUGAGUACAACGCAAUACCGUUUAUGAAGAGGGUGAAAUAUUACUUCUACAAUCUGCCUGGCUCUCAGAAGAUUGAGGGCAUACAAGCACUGGACAAUCUACACAGCAAAGCAAGCAUCAACAUAACAGCAGGCGGUGUGGGACAUCCGUUUGUUAAUUUGCGGAUGAAGAGUGAAAGAGGUCGCGGUAUAAGCUAUGACAUCGGCAUAUAUAUUAAGAACUUUAUUUAAUAUUUAAAUGAAACACCAAUAUAAUAAUAAUAAUAAUGAAAUAAAAAAAAACAUAAGGUAUUAUACCAAGCAGUCUUAGUAAACACCUUGACACGUUGCAAAUCCCCUCCUCUGUAAUAAAUUAUAUUGAAAAUACAUUUGUAUUUAAUUACUAGCUGUAUCCGCGACUUCGUACGCGUGGAAUUUGACUUUAUUUUCUAAAAUAAAGUAGCCUAAGUUACUCCUUAUUACAUCAAUUUAUAUUAAACUACUAGCUGUGCCCGUCCGCGUGGAAUUUAACUUUAUUUUUUUUAAUAAAAGUAGCUUAAGUUUCUCCUUAUUACAUUAGCUAACUGCAAAUAAAAGUCCCGUUAAAAUCGGUCCAGCCAUUUCAGAGAUUAGCCGGAACAAACAGACAGAUAAACAAAAUUGUAAAAAAUGUUAUUUGG